AUGUUGAGUGAUAGCGAAAACUUUGUAAAAGAUUUAAUAGCCGGAGGCAUCUCGGCCGCUAUCGGCAAAACCACCAUCGCCCCCAUAGAACGAGUAAAACUAAUUCUCCAACUCCAAGCUGUGAACAAGCAAGUGGCUCAUGACAAAGUCUACAAAGGCAUCAUCGAUGCAUUGGUCCGCAUACCAAGAGAACAAGGCUUCCUGAGCUAUUGGAGAGGAAACUUCACUAACAUUAUAAUGUACUUUCCCACACAAUCAUUGAAUUUUGCUUUUAAGAAUUUGUACCAAGGUUUCAUACGCGCCGAUUUCGACAGGAACAAAUUCUGGAACUACUUUCUAGCCAAUCUCGCGAGCGGUGGUUUAGCCGGAGCUAGCGCUCUAUCAAUCACGUAUCCUUUAGACUUUGCUAGAACCAGGCUGUCAGCUGACAUAGGAAAAAGCUUAGAAGAAAGGACGUACAAAGGAUUAGCGGACUGUUUGACGAAAACAGCCAAAUCGGACGGAAUCAAAGGACUAUACAGAGGAUUCCAUGUACUUGUAGGAGGCAUCUUCUUCUAUAGAGCUUGUUAUUUCGGAAUAUUCGAUACGGCUAAAGGUACCAUGUGUGAUCCAACUUCGGCGCCUAUGGGCGUGCUGUUCAUCAUCGCCCAAGGGGUGACUAUAGUGUCGGGACUGAUGUCUUAUCCUUUCGAUACGGUUGGCAGGAGACUGAUGAUGCAAUCAGGGAUAAAGAGGAAAGAACGGGCGUACAAGGGAGGAAUGGACUGCGUGUUGACUAUUUACAAAAAAGAAGGUGCCAAGGGAUUUUAUAAGGGCGCGCUGACCAAUAUAUAUAGAGGUAUGGGUGGUGCAGUGGUUUUGGUGGUCUUCGAUAAAAUCAAGGCUUUUAUAUAA